CCUUCAUCAUGCACACAUACCGAGGUCAUAAAGCAGACUCGUACAAGCCCAUUGAUGUCCUUGAGCUCAAUGAACUUCGGGCACGCAAUCGCACAUUCAACGGUGCUUACCGCCGUACCGCCAUUGCUACCCUUGGGUAUGCACUAACGGCCCUCCGACUGUUUGAUUCGCGUUUUCUUCGAAUUGGUGUUGUCUAUCUCGUUCUCUCCAUUCUCCUUUUCGCUCUCGGGUAUAUUCGUGCUCGACACUCACAGCAUGACUUUUCCGACGGAUCAAAAACUAGCGCUCUUUAUGAACAAGCGCUCCCUACUGUCGGGCAGGAAGACAAACGAGAAUAUGGUCGUCCAUUCAUAACAGCCGGACGUGAUGUUAUUACUGUUGGUGCACUCGUGAUGAUAGUGGAAAUCCUGUUGCUUGCGUUUGUACUUCAAAUGUGAUUCUUUUUUGUGCUGCAACAACUUCAUGUUGGGUAUGAUAUCUAUUCAUACCCGCACUUAGUAUCUAUCCUUUGCUGUUUCAGCUGAGGAACGCAGAGCACUUGAUACGCUACUUAGUGUCGAUGUAUUGUAACCAUUGUAUGAAACUCAAACGCAUUUCCAAGGAUUCGAUCAUCCAUCAA